UGAACAGAUUAUCCACUUCGUUUUUAGCAUAGGAUAAAGUAAAUUACUCUCAUUUCUCACACACACACACAGAAAGUAAAUUACUCUCUGCUUGUUGAUGGCUGUUCUAGUGUCACUGUCAGCUGUGAUUUUGCUCCCAAAAUUUUGAUUGUUUCUAUUUCGGAAGAAAUUUUAGAUGCAUGAGACUUAAGUGAUCCUUUGCCUUCAGCUUCUGAACAGUUUUAAAUCUUGAGUUUGUGGAAAUCGGUCUCCUGGCUUCCAGAUUUGCUGUGUUUCGAUCUGUUUAUCCAUCCAACUUCAUCGACCUUAGCAUCUAGAGAGAUAAAAUUUCCACUCGUAUUGUAGAAAGAUUUUUCAAGUGACUAUGGAGAAACAGAGCAGUUUUCGAGCAUCUACAAUGGAAAAGCAGAAGAGUUUUCGUGGGUUUAUGGAAAAACAGAAAAGUUUUCGCAUUGUGAUGGAGAAGCAGCUCAGCUUCAUAGGAAGUGAAAGGAAGAAGAACAAGGAAUCACCUGGGAAACGUGGUGACUUACCAAUUCAUUUAGCAGCCCGGGCAGGGAACUUGAGUAGAGUGAAAGAGAUAAUUCAAAACUAUUCUAAUUAUGAGACAAAAGAUUUGUUGGCAAAGCAGAACCUAGAGGGGGAGACCCCUCUUUAUGUUGCUUCAGAGAAUGGACAUGCUUUGGUUGUUAGUGAGAUACUGAAGUACUUGGACCUGCAAACUGCUUCUAUUGCAGCCAAAAAUGGCUAUGAUCCAUUCCAUAUUGCUGCAAAGCAGGGCCAUCUUGAGGUGCUGAGAGAACUACUGCACUCCUUUCCCAACUUGGCCAUGACCACAGAUUUGUCCAACUCAACUGCUUUACACACAGCUGCGACUCAAGGUCAUAUUGAUGUGGUUAAUCUUCUUCUGGAAUCAGAUUCUAACCUUGCUAAAAUAGCCAGGAAUAAUGGUAAAACUGUCCUUCACUCUGCGGCUAGAAUGGGGCAUUUGGAAGUUGUGAAAGCUUUACUGAACAAGGAUCGAAGCACUGGAUUUAGGACUGAUAAGAAAGGUCAAACUGCACUACACAUGGCUGUGAAAGGGCAAAAUGAAGAAAUUUUGCUGGAAUUGGUAAAACCUGACCCAGCAGUUUUGAGUCUGGAAGAUAAUAAAGGAAAUACAGCAUUGCACAUUGCCACAAAGAAGGGCCGUACUCAGAAUGUACACUGCUUGUUAUCAAUGGAGGGUAUCAACAUCAAUGCUACAAACAAGGCUGGAGAGACUCCUCUUGAUGUUGCAGAAAAAUUUGGAAGUCCAGAACUUGUCUCCAUAUUGAGGGAUGCUGGGGCUGCCAAUUCUACUGAUCAAAGGAAACCUCCAAAUGCAUCAAAGCAACUCAAGCAGACUGUCAGUGACAUAAAGCAUGAUGUACAAUCCCAACUCCAGCAGACACGUCAGACUGGCAUGAGGGUCCAGAAAAUUGCAAAGAAGCUGAAAAAGCUCCACAUUAGUGGCCUGAACAAUGCGAUAACCUCUGCUACUGUUGUUGCCGUUCUUAUUGCUACAGUUGCUUUUGCAGCCAUCUUCACAGUCCCUGGUCAAUACGUUGAAGGCAAAACACAUGGAUUUACACUUGGACAAGCAAAUAUAGCAAACAAUGCAGCUUUCCUAAUAUUUUUUGUGUUUGACAGCCUGGCAUUGUUCAUCUCUCUGGCAGUAGUGGUGGUUCAAACUUCUGUCGUUGUGAUUGAGCAAAAGGCAAAGAAGCAGCUUGUUUUUGUCAUUAACAAGCUCAUGUGGAUGGCUUGCCUUUUCAUUUCCAUUGCCUUCAUUUCUCUUACAUACGUGGUGGUGGGAUCACAGUCCAGAUGGCUUGCAAUAUAUGCUACAGUGAUUGGAAGCUUGAUAAUGCUCUCUACAAUUGGCUCCAUGUGCUAUUGUGUAAUUUUGCACAGGAUGGAGGAGACAAAAUUGAGAGCCGAGAGUCGAUCGUUCUCCAUGUCUCAUGCAUCAGACCAAGAGAUUUUGAACAGUGAAUACAAGAGAAUGUACGCACUGUAGUCUGUAGUGUAGUUGAUAUAUCUGAAUGGAAUGGCUUGUAUUUCUAGCAUAUUCUUGAAGUGAUAAUAGGUAGUUUACACUAUCGGCAUCAGAUUACGAAAUUAGACUACAGAUACCGUGAGAAAAGAGGGAAAGGAAGAAAAUGGGUGGGGAAUUCUCGUCACAUCCACUCGUAAGUAUAAAGGAUGUUGUCAAAUUUAGCAUGACGUCAGUGAAAUGAUUAUGGUGUUAAAGAAUGAAGACUUGAGAUGAUAUAUCCAUUUGUAUUUACUCUUCUGUUCUAUUAUAAACUAGACUUGGCUAACGGGUUUUUUUUUUUU